AUGGAUAAAGACAAUUACCAGAAGAAGCAUGUAAAGUGUAAAUUCUUCUUUCUGCUGAAUGUUCUGCUGGAGGCAGUCGCCAUUGUUGCUGUUGUAUAUUGUACACUCUUUUCCAAUUGUGUGCUGGGCAAUGAAGUCGGAGGCGCAGCGUUCAUAUUCUUAUUAUUCAUAUUUUCCGCCUUCAUACCGGAUUUGUUUUAUCUUAUGCUUUCGCCCAAAUUGCAUACUUUGGGCAUUGAUCCGCUGGGUGUCAUGUUCAAUUUCAUAAUAGCUGGCUUGUGUGUUUUAAUCGGUAUUAGUCUGAUUAUUAUGGUAUUACUAUGGUACUGUGGCUCCUAUGCGCAAUUCAUAUUGGUAAUGGCUGGUGCGUUGAGUGUUUGCUCGGGUGUAUUUCAUUUGAUGAAUGCGUUGAUGGGCAAUCAACUACCGAAAUCAGAGAGGUACUAUAGACAGAGCCAUCGACUCAAAGCACCGAAAGCGCCGAAGGAACCAAAAAAGCCGAAAGAACCAAAAGUGUCUAGAGAACCAAAAGCGCCUAAAGAACCAAAAGUGCCGAAAGAACCAAAAGCGCCGAAGGAACCGACAACGCAGAAAGACGUUACAAAGAGUGCACAGAAAGAUGUAAAGAAAGGGGAUGCAAAGGUUGAUAAAAAGAAUGUUGAAAAGGACGUUAGAAAGGAUAAAAAAAAAGAUGAGCGAAAAGUUGCUAAGAAAAGUGGCCAAACUCGCAAGCAGAUGGUUCAUGAUGCAAAUUUACCGAAAGGUGUACCUUGGGUACUGAUUGUAAUUUAUUUCAUGUGUGGCGCGAUGGAGUUAGCUGGCUUCUUGUGUCUCUUGCUUUAUUUAUCUUCGAUAUGUCUUUUAGGACGCGAAAAUUCUACACGCAUCUGGUUUUCAAUGAAUUGUAUUUUUCCACAAAUAGUACCGGACUUGGUGUUCGCUGUUAGUGGCUUCCGUUUCGUAACUCCCUUUUAUGCACCAGUAGUCGGUGUCUAUAAUAUUGUCGUGGCAAGUCUAUGCAUUUUGUCGGGUAUACUGGCUUUUGCCUCGUUCACAGGCUGUGGAAAUCCCGCUCAACCCUUAGUUUUUCCUGCUGGUUCUAUUGGACUUAUUGCUGGUGGUUUGCAUAUUCUGAUCAUUAAAUUGGUGAUCAAAAAACUUGGGUGAGGUGGCCAAUUUAUUUAAAAA